ACUUAGCAUCUGCAGUCGUCGCUUUUCCCUCCAAGAUGGACAACAAGUACUUUUUCUUCCGCCUCAACGCAGCCCAAGCUGUAAUUUUGGUCGGAAUUUUCGAAAUGAUUUCGAUUCUCCAAGCGUUUCUUGGUCUCGGACUUGUUCUCGGUUUCAUUUCAUUUGAUGGGGGUGAAGUUAAACCAAUGGUACUAGGCCUGGUCUUUAAAAAGGAAGAUGCGGAAACUCUGAUCGAUUUCCAAUCUGACUUUAGACGCGGUUUAUUCUUGCCAUCCAUACUUUUCUGUGGUUUCCAAACGCUCUUCCCCUCUUUGCUCAUCGUCGGAGUUUUGAAAGAGAACACUCUUUUCACGUUGCCUUGGGUCAUCGUCAGCUGGAUUCGAGUUAUUUUCGGCAUUUUCCUCUACAUCCCUAUGUACCUCCUCACAUUCAACAUUGUGGUUCUUUUCUUCUACUUCUCCUACGUUACCCUUGGAUAUGCCUUUGCCAUUUACAGUCUGCAUGUGGUCAACGAUUUUCGCAACCAGAGCAAAAAGCAGGAAUUUUCCAAUCCAGACGCCGAGAAAGCUGCAAUCCAGUUCCACAAAUUUUGAUUACGAGCCAUUUCAAGCUUUCAACAAAUUUCUCCUUUAAAUCAAUUAAAUGCAUCUCGUUGUAUUAAUCCCUACAAAUAAUCAAUAAUUAUGCAAAGUAGGAAAAAAUGUAGAAUUUUAAUAUAAAUUCAGUGCCUAGAUUCAGA